GCAGUUCCAUUUCAGUACGAGUCGUAAGGCAGCGGCACGAUUUGCUUGUUUUGGCGCACGUUCGUGCCACGCUGCGGCUACGCGAUGUCCGGCUCCCGAAUUUCAAGUAGCCGCCCAGUGAGACGGCCCAGACCCUCGAUAAAAGCCAAUGUCAAUGUGAGCCCUCCAUUCAAUUGCUAGCCAGUGCCGGAGUCGAGCAGUGCAGUGUCGAACGGAUUACCAGAUACUCAUCCUCAAGGAAUCACCAAAUUGACUAAUCAACUCGAAAUGGCCGCCAACCAGAAGAUUGUGUUCGCCCUCGUCUGCCUCUUUGUGGCAUGUGAUUUGGUGCUGGGUCAGCAGCAGGCGGCCAACAGCUCGGAUGCGGAAUCGGAUGUGGCGGAAAGCCGUACUUUUGGCCAUCAUUUCCUGCGGCGCAUCAGCUUCGCCUUGGUGCCCGGCGCCUUCGUCGUGGGCGUGAUCACUACCCUGCUGGCGGCCUUGACUGUCGUCUCCAUCAAGGGACUGGGCGUGGGCGUUAUCCUGCUUGUGUUGGCCAUUGGACAAAUGCUGUCUCGUGCUCUUCCCGUCCAGGCAGCCGCCGCCUAUGCCGCUGCACCCGUUCCAGUCCAGGCUCCCGUGCCAGUGGUCUACUCCCACUCGCACACCCAGCAGCCCGUCUGGUUGGAGAAGGAGUGGUAGAGGAUUUGGUUCGGCUUCGGAUGGCCAGGAUGACAGUGCAAGACCAGGGAUAACGGCGAGCUGGUAGCGGGCCAGGAUUCAGAUUUACCUCAGCCUCA